ACAAUGAAUCAAGCUAUGAAGAGGAAGCCCAGAGCCAAAAAACAAGUAAAGUCAAAGUCGCCAUUGCUCGAGAACUGUCCCGAGAGAAAGGGCGUCGUCACUCGUCUCAUCAUUGCCAAACCGAAAAAGCCCAACUCGGCCAAGCGAAAAGUCGCUCGUGUGAAGCUCUCGACUGGAAAAUCUCUCAUGGCGUACAUCCAAGGAGAGGGACACAAUCUUCAAGAACAUAGUGUCGUUUUAGUUCGUGGAGGACGUACGAAGGAUCUUCCAGGUGUCGGUUACAAACUUGUUCGUGGAGCCUUGGACUUUGGUGGUGUUGUGAACCGCGCUAUGUCUCGUAGCAGAUAUGGG